AAUCUCCGUCUCUCCCAGGCCACCACGGCGCCUCCCAAGAAGAAGCCGGAUCCGGUGACGUCGGAGACCGUGGUGAUCUGGGGGCUGCGCCUCUGGCAGGUGGUCGGGAUCUUCGCGCUCUUCGUCCUGUCCAUCAUUAUCACGCUGUGCUGCAUCUUCAAGUGCCGCAUCCCGCGCACGCGGAAGGAGAUCGAGGCGCGCUACGCCCAGCGCAAGGCCGCCAAGAGCUACGCCGACAAGCUGGACACGGUGCCGCCGCUCGGCGAGCUCACCGACAUCCCCGGAGCUCAGGCUGCGGAAGAAAAAAAAGAGGAAGAAAUUCCCACGGUAUCCGGAAAAGUGGACAAAGCUCAGGGGAAGAAGGAUGGAUCCAAAGGCUCCAAGAAAAAAGAUGGGGAGAAGGAGCAGAAGGAAGAAUCCAAGAAGGAAGGGAAGGACGGAGCCAAAAAAAAAGAUCCUAAUUAG